AUGUAGAAAAUUUAAAAACAAAAUACUGUACAACUUAAUUUAUAGAAUGUUUAACAGUUUAUUCCUUCUCUUUAAAAUGGAUCAUAAGUUGGAAAUUGUUCUCCUAAACCACCAAUCAGUUUAAAAUCAAAUAAAUCACCGAAAGGAGACAUUUCAUUUAGAGUCAUAUCACCUAAAUUGACCAUUAAUCAAAAUAACUCUUAAAGAUCAAUAAGUAAGAGUAGUAGUCCAAUAGAAAAACAAAUUUCUGAACCAGACAAACUAUAAUUUUUAGAAAAUGAAAAUGAUGCGGUAAUUGAGGAUAAUUGUGUAAAUGUUCCAGAAGUUUAAUAAUUAAAUAAAAUUAAGGAAAAACUUACUGAUAUGGGAGGAUAAAUAUCGAAAUUUCAUUUACUUGAUAUUAAUUUACAGGUUCUUAAAAAAUGGUAAUAGGAAUUAUUAGAAGAAACAAAAUCAUUGAUUUUGUUAAAUAAAAAUGUCAUAAAUUUUUCAAAUACUAAAAUGAUGCCACCAAAAUCAAAUUUCGUAAAAAAAGUUUCAAGUGAAGAAUUGUUAGAAAAAUUAUAAACUGAAUAAAAAAAAAGAUUAGAUGCAGAGGAGUAAAGUAGCAAAAUUCUUUAAGAGUAAGAAAAAUAUAUUUCAGUCUUGGUAAUCUUUUGUAAAUAUGUUAGAAUUAAAAACUAUUUCAACUUGAAUAGCAAUACUCAAAUAGAAAACCUAAGUGA